UACUUUUCGUCUCAACCUGAGCUAUCGUUUUUCAACAGUUCACAUCUCACUCGGGAAGGACACAAACUAAACUUCAGAGACGUAAAUUACUUAGACGAUGGCAUUUAUCAGUGUGUUGCUGAAAAUAGAAGAGGAAUGAUUACAUCAGCAACUUGGGUUCAUGUACAAGGUGCGUUUAUAAUAAUCUGAAUCCUGAUAUUUUGCUACUUGGCCAUAAAGCACUACUGCCCUACACAAGGGAAGCGGUAACCCCGCUUUCAGACACGAUAGAAACUUGACUGUGUGGAUAGAUUGCACCACUUAUCAGGAACCUAGGGGUGGGAAUGAUCGGGAAAUUUGUAGUGGUUUUGAUCUAGCAACUCCUUUUGUAUUUUAAAUGUACUUUGAGGCUUGUUUACUGCAUUCUUGAAUGGAAAACUCUACGAGGAACGAACGUUUCCCCUUAAUCUGCGAUUACUACUAUCAGUUAUGUUUUGGUAGUAAUGUUUUAAUAAAAGACUUGAAGGGAGUGCUUUUGUUUUGAAUCAUGUAAUUUUUUCGAUUGUAGUUAUACCAGCGAUAGGCUUGUUCUUGGACAAGGAACCGUCGGCUUGGGAGCGAGGCAACAUUGUUGAUUUUAGCCUCUCUUCGAAGAGGAGUGGACUUAUAUUCAAGUCAAGUAUUAGGAAUCAUACGUCGAAAUUUCAAUACCCGUCGCUUCGCGAAAGGCUCUACAUAGAUAAAAUUCCAAAAUGGAGUUCACUUGUUGUUGGAGAGACAGUGUUGGUUGAGGUUCAGUCGAACGAGUUUCAGAUAGGAAAGAUUGUUUCCCUCACUGCGACAGACAACCGCGGCGGAAAAGUGACAGUAAAGACACAAGAAGACACGAGGGAAUUUGAUCACAAUGCUAUACGGAUACAGGGUGGGUGUAUUGCUACGUAAAUAUCACAUGAUUUUUAUUUAUUCAUUAAAAGGAGCUGUGCAUGCCAAGAAAGUUAUCGAAAUUCAAACAAAUUAUUAGAAAUAUGGUCUUUCACUGUAUAUUUCUCGGGAAAAAGGCGAUCAUUAUUACAUCCAAACACGGCACAAGGAUCUUUUUCCCAUUAGAAUCUUAUUCUAAGAAAACUUUAAGAAAAAAUGUCCCGAAAAGCGCUCGAAAAUAUAAACGAAAUGUACUCAUGCCCCAUGGGCAUCCUAUAAUACUCCUUAAAUCGAAUUAAUUUAAUAUGGCCGCCGUAUCGGUAAAAAAGGUCUAUUCGUUUCAGUCUCUUCAAGUUUUUCCAUCCGUGCCUCCUUUUGUGUUAUAUCUUCUUUUAAUUUUCUAAACGGUUAUUUUCAUGUUUUACUUAAUUUAGUGACAGUUCCAAGCGUUCGAAUUUUGAUAAAUUUCGUGACACAGUUCCUUUGGAUUACCUUUGUCUUAGUUGCACCAAGAUGGAGUGUGAGUCCUCCACAACAGAAAAUUAGCAUUGCUAUUGGUGGAAAUGGAUCGUUAGAAUGUCACGUGACAGCUUUCCCGACAGCGAAGAUCACGUGGUUUAAAAAUGGAAAGCAAGUGCAAUUUGCAAAGUAAGUUUUGAAGAACUUUUUUUUGCCCUAUUUUUGCAUCAUGAGGUAUUUCUUUUUCUAAAAUAACUCAUAUUUAUAUAAUGUUUUGAUGUUUAAACCUAAUGGAGUAUUGAAUAUUUGGUAAUCACAUUAUCGGAUUGCGAAAAUAAUCAUACAGGAGGACCACUGAUAUCAUGCGGUAAAAUGAGCUCUGUAAAAAUCUUUAGAAUGUAGAAUUUAUUCAUUCAUUUAUUCACUUAUUCAAUUUAUUUAUUUAUUUAUUUAUUUAUUUAUCUAUUCAUUCACUCAUUUCUCAUUGUUUACUCGGGCGCCUUAUUUGGUUUUCACUCUUGCUCCGGAAAGUUUUGUUUUCCAGUUAGUCCGGUUUCCCCCUCCUCUCAAAAGCCAGCAUUUCCGAAAUCUAGUUCAGACAGGACCGAAUGUGCUGCAUGCCUCUCUUGAAGCCUGUUUACAUGGAGGUGGGGGACCCCAGAUAGGCGAGGUAAUAUGUGGCGGGUCACCCCACCUAUCAUGUAAACGUGAUCAAAUUAAAAUGAGAGAUUAUAUGAACGGGCAGGUUACCUCACCUAAGCGGGUUACCUCACCUUCCUGGGUUUCUCCACCUUCAUGUAAGCAAGCCCUUAAUCAUAAUCCAUCGUUCUUAUUUUAUCUUUUCUUUUCCUUGUAAAAUGUUUUAGUUAGCUUUCCCCUCAACCUGAGCUAUCGUUUUUCAACAGUUCACAUCUUACUCGGGAAGGACACAAACUAAACCUCAGAGACGUAAGUUACAUCGACGAUGGCAUUUAUCAGUGUGUUGCUGAAAAUAGAAGAGGAAUGAUUGCAUCAGCAACUUGGGUUCAUGUGCAAGGUGCGUUUGUAAUAAUCUGAAUCCUUAUAUUUUGGUACUUGGCCAUAAAGCCCUGCUACCCUACACAAGGAGAGCUUUAACCCCGCUUUCAGACACGAGACAAACCGGGCUGUGUGAAAAGAAUGCACGACUUAUCUUGGACCCUGGGGUGAAAAUAAUCGGGAAAUUUGUAGUGGUUUUCAUCUAACAACUCCCCUUGCUUUAUAAAACUUUUAGGCUGGCUAAGGGAGACUUGUUAUUAUUUCGUCCUUAAUUGGAAAACUCUACAUGGAACGAACUUUCCCCCCUUAGUCUGCGAUUACUACUAUCAGUAUGUUUUGGUAGUAGUGUUUUAUUAAAAGACUUGAAGGGAGUGCUUUUAUUUUGAAUAAUUUUUCUAUUGUAGUUGUACCAGCGAUAGGCUUGUUCUUAGACAAGGAACCGUCAGCUUGGGAGCGAGGCAACAUUGUUGAUUAUAGCCUCUCUUCGAAGAGGAGUGAACUUAUAUUCAAGUCAAGCAUUAGGAAUCAUGCGUCAAAAUUUCAAUACCCGUCGCUUCGCGAAAGGCUCUACAUAGAUAAAAUUCCAAAAUGGAGUUCACUUAUUGUUGGAGAGACAGUGUUGGUUGAGGUUCAGUCGAACGACUUUCAGAUAGGAAAGAUUGUUUCCCUCACUGCGAGGUCAGACAACCGCGGCGGAAAAGUGACAGUAAAGACGCAAGAAAACACGAGGGAAUUUGAUCACAAUGCUAUACGGAUACAGGGUGGGUGUAUUGCUACGUAAAUAUCACAUGAUUUUUAUUUAUUCAUUAAAAGGAGCUGUGCAUGCCAAGAAAGUUAUCGAAAUUCAAACAAAGGGAAAUGCUACCAGAUUGAGCGAAACAUUAAAAUGACUUCUCAAAUAUAAAUAAAAGGUGUAGGUGACACAGCAUAUACAAAAAAAAAGGCAUGGAUGGACAAAUUUGAAGAAGAUUGAAACGGGUUGCAAUUGUGAUUUUUGAAAAUUUAUAACCCUUACGUUAACAGUUUUUCAAAGAUAAUAUUUUUCGAUUGUAACGCCAGAUUUAAUGCUUGGGAGACGUAUUUGUCGGACAUGAAUCAAAGAUUUUGCCUUUGCUGAAGUCAAGUUCCAAAGCAGAUAAGGACGUAGCCUGCGAGCAAGCUCUCCGGGGUGCUCUGGCGGCCGGACGGGAAAGGAACGAGAACUUGAAACUGCGUCUAUGGAAUUUGAAUUCCAAUUCCCCUGUGGCUCCCCGUCGACUGAGCUGUCAGAUUUUUGCCAAUCAGCGCGAAGCGGAAACGAGUGUGAAUGUAAAUAAACGUUGAAACACACGUGCCAGGGGUAAUGACGCUAUUACUAAUGUCANACACGAGGGAAUUUGAUCACAAUGCUAUACGGAUACAGGGUGGGUGUAUUGCUACGUAAAUAUCACAUGAUUUUUAUUUAUUCAUUAAAAGGAGCUGUGCAUGCCAAGAAAGUUAUCGAAAUUCAAACAAAGGGAAAUGCUACCAGAUUGAGCGAAACAUUAAAAUGACUUCUCAAAUAUAAAUAAAAGGUGUAGGUGACACAGCAUAUACAAAAAAAAAGGCAUGGAUGGACAAAUUUGAAGAAGAUUGAAACGGGUUGCAAUUGUGAUUUUUGAAAAUUUAUAACCCUUACGUUAACAGUUUUUCAAAGAUAAUAUUUUUCGAUUGUAACGCCAGAUUUAAUGCUUGGGAGACGUAUUUGUCGGACAUGAAUCAAAGAUUUUGCCUUUGCUGAAGUCAAGUUCCAAAGCAGAUAAGGACGUAGCCUGCGAGCAAGCUCUCCGGGGUGCUCUGGCGGCCGGACGGGAAAAGGAAGGAGAACUUGAAACUGCGUCUAUGGAAUUUGAAUUCCAAUUCCCCUGUGGCUCCCCGUCGACUGAGCUGUCAGAUUUUUGCCAAUCAGCGCGAAGCGGAAACGAGUGUGAAUGUAAAUAAACGUUGAAACACACGUGCCAGGGGUAAUGACGCUAUUACUAAUGUCAUCUCCGCCAAACAACAUUUUGCAUCGACUUUUUCGAUCCAGAUUGUCAAAUUCCAGAGACGUAGUUGCAAGCUCUCCUUCCUUUUCUCGCCCCGCCGCCCAAGCGCCCCGGAGAGCCUGCUCGCAGGCUAAUAAGGACGUUUAAUUAAAAAUAUUAACAAAAUGAACUAGACAGCCGUGACAAAGACCCUUUAAAUCUUUGGCAAUGGCAGGCCUGAUAAUUUAUCAUCCGGCUUGCAAAGGCUAAAAAAAGACCAACAGAUCAAUUUGAUUAAAUGUCACCUUGUUUGUCUAUUUUAGGAAUGAACAUUUGCCAGUUUGAAGAGGCUGCCUGUAAUACUGACUCUGAAGACUGUCGACCGAUCUAUCUAAAUAAAUGGCUCGUUAUACCUUCACAAUAUAAAUGCUCCUGCAAAGAAGGCUACCAGAUACAUCCAAUACACAAAUGCAUAGGUUUGUGAUGGGUUUAUAGUUUGUGGCGUAUUAAACGUGUAGCUGGGACUCUGAUACCAAAGUGAAAGAGCCUUGGCAGUUCGAUAUAGUAAAAUAUUGAGAAUGAAAAGAAAAGAGGUGGAGCCCAAAAAUCAACACGUAGGCGUCCUCUCUUAUGGGAUUAAGAUAGGCCCUUUUCAGCCAGUAAUUCACCUGCUACAAAACUGCAAUGCUGAAGAGAAGACAAACAAAGUGGAUUCUCAUAUUAAAUGCUGUAGGCUCUUUGUAUCUCUUGUCUCAGUGCGUAACCCUGCUCUCCAGCAUGAUAGUUUUGUACCCUGUGAAUGACUAGGUACGAAGGGUCUAUUCAUAAACUGUCCCGACAAUAUUUGACCAACAAACAUUAAAUGUUUGGUCUUGGACGAAAUAGCCUCUACACUUCAUUGACUUUUAACAAACACUGGAUUGCUUUUAGACGCUCAGAACAGCGUUCUUUGUUCUUUAAUGGAAUGUAUGUGUUUCUUUCAUGAGCCAAUGAGGUUAAUCCUUACCUCUUUUCAUUUUCCUCGUUUCUUUUGAGUGACUACUUGAGGUUUCCCUGCUCUAAUAUUUAUGCUUCCACUGAAGGCCCUGUCACGACGGAGAACCCAGCUGAUAAACCAACAGAAUUUAAUGACAAGAAUGAGUCUCGUGAUGACGUAAGGGACAACUUCGACGAAGACUUUGAUGACGACGACUUUGAUGUUGACGACUUUGAUAUUGAUGACACACUUUGGGAGGAGUCAGACAAAAAAGAGAGCCAGUCAAAUAUUGGGGUCGUUUUAGGGAGCUUGUUCGGGGCCCUUGGAGUGGCUGUCAUCGUAGCCUUUGUUUUAUGGAAGUGAGUACAUUUCACUUAUUACCACUCCUUAUUAUAAGGAGAGGUACUGUAACGAAAUAUGUUACAUAUGAUGCAACCAAAUCACAAGCCCCUUGAUACAAUGUUUUCAGCGUGUUACAAACGAUUUGUUAUUUUUUUUUUAAGUCAGAAUAUGUACUUUUGAGAGUAAUAUCUGUGCGACUUUGUCUGGAAGAAAUAUUAUCUCUAAAUUAGAAUGUGGACAAAUGUUUCAGCUUUGUAAUCCUUCGUGCAAUUUUUGCGUAAUGUGCAUUUCUUUUCCCAGAAAAUUUGCCAAAAGAAUGACCAGCGAUGAGCGACUUCGAAAGAGGAUCAUAGAAGAAAUGGUAGGGAAAUGGAAGAAAGAAAAUCCAGACAUGCACCUGCAGGAGAAGAAAAUGAAAGUCCUAAGCUACUUUCGGAACAUUCCUUCAGUGUUGAAGGACAGAAUUUCUGCAUUCUUACAGAGAAGGCCUGACACUCAGCCGACGGUGGAAGUGAAAGAAAUGCAUGAGGGCCAUGAUGAUCAUAUAAAGGAAAAUCCUGAGCCGGAGGAAAAUACUCCUGACGAUGAUCAAGAACACCGUGAUGAUAAUCACCACGAAAACCCUCGAACGGAUGCACAAGAAUGCCAAAGAGACCUGAAAGACCUGAAUAAACUGAACGCGAAAAAUACUCUUAACGAUAAUGAAGAACACCUGGAUGAUAAUCUUCACCAAAACCAUCAAACGGAUGCACAAGAAUGCCAAGGAGACCUGCAUGACACAACCACACAAGAAGACCAAGAGGUUUCACAUCCUGGCACACAAGAAAGUCACCUUGAUCUUAAGGGGGUAAUCCUUCAUCAAGAGGCGCAGGAAGACCAAGAAAAUCCCCCCAAGGAGAGCAUCUUCUCUGAAGCGCCUCAGUCAGAUCUUCCCCUUCAAAAUAUCAAUGGUCAGGAAGAACUACAGCAAGAUACAGUGGAAGGCGAAGAAGAACUACACCAGGAAGUUUCCUCUCAGGAUGAGAUUGAGAAGUCUUAG